UGACCUCGGAGGAAGGAGUUCGACGCUGGAAGGCAAUUCAAUAAACAAGAGGAUCAUCAUCAGCUGAGAUGGCAAGGUGGAAAGCAAAGUUCUCGUUUCGGUUGUGAUUAUUCUCUCGUCGUUCGAGGUCUUCCCCAUGGAGACCAGUGAUGGUGUCAGUUACCUUAGUGUCGAUUGUGUGUAUUCGUCGAGUUUGAAUUCGUAGAUAAUCCCGUAGGACGUCGAUAUCAUGGCUGCUCGAGAGAAGAAAGUGGACGAGUCGAGUUAUGAGAGUCUGGCGGAAGUAUUCCGAUGUUUCAUUUGUAUGGAAAAGCUUCAGGAUGCUCAUUUGUGUCCACAUUGUUCAAAAUUAUGCUGCUAUUUGUGUAUCCGGCGUUGGUUGACAGAGCAACGACCGCAAUGCCCCCACUGUCGAGCAAACUUGCAUCUUCAUGAACUAGUAAAUUGCAGAUGGGUAGAAGAGGUUACCCAGCAAUUGGACACUUUACAGCAGGCUGGUGCAAGACCACUCCCUCCAGAUACCGACAAAGACAAGUGUGAGAGUCAUCAGGAAAAAUUAAGUGUGUAUUGUUGGACAUGUGGCAAAUGCAUAUGUCAUCAAUGUGCUUUGUGGGGUGGAACACAUUCAGGGCAUACAUUUAAACCAUUAGAAGAAGUUUACGAACAGCAUAUUACACAAAUAAGAGAAGAAGUAGCACAACUACGAAGGAGAUUACAUGAAUUGGUGUCACUUGUGCAGGAAGUGGAAAGAAAUGUAGAGUCAGUUCGAGCAGCUAAAGAUGAACGAGUGAGAGAGAUCAGAAAUGCAGUGGAGCUUAUGAUUGCACGACUCGAUUCGCAAUUGAAGUCAAAGCUGCUCACAUUGAUGGGACAGAAGAACUCCUUAACUCAAGAAACAGAGCAGUUGGAAUCUUUAUUACAGGAAAUUGAGCAUCAGCUGCAUACGUGUUCAAAGUCAGAAUUGAUCCAGCGUUCUCCGGAUCUUCACUCGAUGAUCAUGCCUGUAAAUAAGAAACCUAUGGCUUCCUUUGUUACUGCUCCUGUACCAGCUGACUUCCAAAGUGAAAUCGUCCCUCAGUAUGACAGCAGUACUUUCGUUAUGAAUAAUUUUUCGCAGCUUCAGCACAAAGCUGAUCCAGUUUAUUCUCCACCCUUACAUGUUAACGGUUUGUCGUGGAGGUUAAAGGUAUAUCCUGAUGGGAAUGGGGUUGUACGAGGCAACUACUUGUCUGUCUUUUUAGAAUUAAGCGCUGGUUUACCUGAAACUUCAAAGUAAGUGAAUGUAAUGUCAUUUUUUAAAGCU